AUGACGACGACGACUACGACCAACGCAUCGACACCACACAAAGAACAAUUGUAUGGUUCUUCAUUUUCACAUUCUGCUGCUGAUGAAGAAAACUCUUCAAUAGCUUUCUUACAUGCAUCGUCCAGCCAGGAUUCGCAUUCCAUGACAUCUUCUUCGUCUUGUUCAACUUCAUUUUCUAAUGCUUCUGAAUGUACAUUGUCGAUGGACAUGUUCACGAUUCAUAAUUUUAAAAUCAAAGAUGAUUUGGAGAGUCAAGCGAUGAAUCAUGAUUCUCAGGACGCAGCCAACGACCAACAACUCAACCCACUGCCGUUGCAUACGACUGAUGUGCAUCUUGGCAAGUAUUAUGCAUUCAACAACCACUCAUCACCAUCCUUCACACGACACUUGGCAAAGCAAUUUUUUCUAAUUUUGGAAAGUUUCAGUAUUUGGAUAAUCAAAAGCUUAUUUUUCCCAUUGAUAUCUUGGACGACUAUACCAAUCGCCCUUUAUUUUCUAUUAAUGGCCAAUUUCCAAACGAUUGCUUUCAAGUACAUGUACAGCUCAGAAGGUGAAUUUUUCAAUCAGGUUGAUUUUGACAUUAUUCCAAAAAUUGACAAGACGUUAAUGUUCGGUCUGGGAAUGCCUCAUUCCAUUCUCGCGAAUAUUUAUCAUCCUGUUCUGGAUUUCUUUUUUGCCAUUCCAUAUUUGAAUCAUUUUGUUUUUCCAUUGGCGUUUUAUCCAUUAAUUUUUUGUGUCUUGUUAUGGAAACCAAAUCGAGAAUAUUUAAAAUUUAAAAUUGGAAUUCCAGUUGUGAAAAUGAUUAAGGAACUAUUUCAAAAAAAUCAACUAUCAGACGAACUCACCGAUCGAGAACAAUUCGUCAAUGAACCUACUGAACGCUCCUAUCAAGAAGUUGCUCAACAACAACGACAAGAAAAUUCAUCCAAAUCGAAUCCUAAAAUUUCCAAUUACAAACUCAAAUGUUUCAUUCUCUCAUUGGGAAUUAUUUCUCUCAUUCAAAUUGCAUUUUGUUUCUUCUUUCCAACAGCUCCUCCUUGGUUUCGAAGUAAUAGUUUGCUGUAUGAAGAAUAUUACAAUCAGUUUGGAAGUGAAUUAACAAAAAGUUCACCUCCAGUAUUGUCCGUCUAUGCUCCUGAAGCUCGAUUUGAAAUGAUUGACAAAAUUCUAGGUGUUGAACUCUUUGGCGAAAUUUAUGGAAAAGGAACGAUCAAAUUUGGAGCAUUUUACAGUUUGCAUGUUGGAUGGACUGCAAUUAUUGCAUUUAUUGAGCUCUAUGUGGUAUUCUGUGAAAAUCAUAACACUUUAGAAAAUGAUGAAUUAUUCGAUGAAAAUCAUUUGAAUGAAUCACAAGAAGGAUGUUUGUCAUUUGCUAGAAGUGUUUGGUGUUGUCAAUCUUCUCGCAAUUCUAAAAAGAAUACGUGGAGUUUUAUUCAAAUCUUCAUGUUGGAAUAUUUAUUAUGGAUUUUUAUUGCUUCGAUUUAUUCGGCACAUCAUUACAUGAUUGAUGGAUUGGUUGCUAUUCUUCUUGCUUUUGUCAUUGUUAAAAUUGUGACGAAAUAUCUCGUGAAAGAUGACACUAAGGUGGUGUAA